GUCAAUUUGACAAAUUCAAAUGAAAAUGGAACAUCAAAGAACAAGGGAGUCGCUUACGCUUUCCUUUGUUGCUAAGUAAAAGUGAAUGUUCAUAUAUUGUUGUUAAAUAAAUACCGUAUUUUAUUCUCUACAUCUUAAUUUACAAAAUUCAAUCGCCUAUAUAUUUUAAUAAUGUCUUCCAUGGGGGCGGCCGAAGAAAUUGAUGAGGAAAAGGAGCGCGCCCAUUUUCGAGCAGUAGUGAACGCUUUUAAAUAUUACAAAUUGUGCAGCCUCGAUAGGAUACAUAAAUCGGAGAAAAUAGUUUCUAUGCUCCAACCAAAUCACCAGCGUCGCCUAGAAAAGUACAAAAGUUACCUCAUUAAGUUUAAAAAGUGUUUAGAUGUUAAUAAUAGUGUCGUACAUCUAAUAAUAAGGGAUGUAGAUACAAUGUUUGAAAAUGUGGACCACAGUAUUGAUGCAAACACAAACGGUAUGGAGAGCUUCGGCUGUAAUUAUAAUAACUGUGAAAUACCAUCGCAGAAACAACAUAAAAUGCAGCAUGACGUUGAAAAGGUACAAUCGGUAUUAAAGAAUAUAGUUAGGGACUGGAGCGACGCCGGAGCAGCUGAGCGGGAACAGUGCUAUAAACCUAUACUCGAGGAACUAGAAUCGCGAUAUCCACCAGAAGAGUUUAGUGAUAGGUCACACAUCAAGGUGCUAGUGCCGGGCGCUGGCCUCGGCAGGCUGGCGUGGGAGAUCGCUGCCAGAGGAUAUUCGUGCCAAGGGAACGAGUUCUCGCUGUUCAUGUUGUUUGCGAGUAACUUCAUAUUGAAUAAAUGUCCUGAGGCAAACAAACACACGGUAUAUCCCUGGGUCCAUCAGUACGUGAACCACAUGACGAGCGAGCACCAGAUCCAGGCAGCUACGUUCCCGGACGUGCCGCCCGCCACCAGGCAUUCGCACUUCUCGAUAGCCGCCGGGGACUUCCUGAAGGUGUAUACGGAUUUGGAUGAAUGGCAUUGCGUUGCAACGUGCUUCUUCAUCGACUGUGCACCGAAUGUAAUCGAGUUUAUAGAAAGGAUAUAUGCAAUAUUACGUCCGGGGGGUUAUUGGAUCAACCUGGGACCGCUGCUGUACCACUAUAGUGACAUGCCAACGGAAAUCAGUAUCGAGCCACCAUAUGACAUUUUAAUGGACAUAAUAAAGGAUGUCGGGUUUGAGGUUUUGAAGGAACAUACCGGUGUUAAAACGAAAUACGCACAAAAUCCAAAUUCGAUGAUGCAACACGAAUACAAAUCUGUAUUCUUCGUGUGUAGGAAACCUUUCCCGACAUAAAAAGUAUUAUUAAUAUAAAUGGUUAAAUUGGUUAUAAUCACAGUAAUUAAAUGGUCUGUUAGUUGAUUACAUUUUCAUGUAGUUCUAUAGCGUAAACCAAUCACAGGACGAGUAAACGAAUUGACAAAUUUGACCUUGAAUUGACGUGAUAUCAUUGGUCGAGUCUGAUUAAUCCAUGAUAUUCAUUAUGGAUUCAUAAAAAGA